GAUGGCGCAUGCAUGUCGCACGCAUGUCGUCAUGACUGAGCCCCAGGGGGUUUACUGUCAGUUCCCUCCAGCUUCUCAUAUUGAUACCUGCCAAGGGGCUUAUUUGCGAUAUGGCAACUGCAUUCUUAAAUCAAAUACAACCGUACCAACAAUGGCUCACCAACCCCGGACAAGUCCUCCUGAAGGACUACAGCAUCUUGUCCGAUCAGAGACCAGGGAAUCUCUGAAUGAUGUCGGUGUGACAGAUAGAACACCCCGGCUUGACUACAACUACCCGGAUAUUGGACGGCCAGCGAGUCCCAUCUUCCCUGAGGAAUACGUUCUUGAAACUAGGACUGGGCUUGUUCCCGAGAGAACAUUGGAACAAAUCCGCACCCGACCCUCAACAGUAAGUCCAGAGGGUCUAGAAGAAGCUAUUUCGAAGGGAGCCGAGUUUGUGACAUUCACCGUCGGAGAUCCCGAGCAUCCCUACAAUUGGUCGCGUUGGUACCGUUGGUACAUCACAUUGAUCGCGUCAACGCUUGUGGUGUGUGUUGCGUUCGGGUCGUCUAUUGUCACUGGGGGACUUGGUUUGAUCGAAGAGAAGUACCAAGUCUCGCUAGAAGUCGCGAUCCUCACUUGCUCUAUCAUGGUCUGUGGGUUUGCUGUUGGCCCGCUGUUGUGGUCUCCCCUUUCCGAAAUCAUCGGCCGACGCCCUGUGUACAUAAUGUCGCUCGGUCUGUACGUCAUCUUCAACAUUCCGUGUGCGCUCUCGCCAAAUAUAGGCGGGCUACUCGUCUGCCGAUUCUUAUGCGGCGUAUUCUCCAGCUCAGGGCUUUCCCUGGCCGGUGGGACCAUUGCUGAUAUCUGGAGCAUUGAGGAGCGAGGAAUGGCCAUUGCGUAUUUUGCGGCGGCACCUUACUGUGGCCCCGUUGUUGGCCCGAUUGUCUGUGGCUGGAUCACUGUUGGGUCGGGUCGCUUGGACCUUUUCUUCUGGGUAAACCUGGCUUUCGCAGGUUCUAUAUUGGUUCUCAUAGGUUUGAUACCGGAGACGUACGCCCCAGUAAUCCUUAAACGACGAGCAGCAAAGCUCAGGAAGGAGACGGGGAAUACGGCUAUCGUUACUGAGCAGGAGAAGCACAAAUUGACCUUGAUGGAAAUUGCGCGUACAAGCCUGAUUCGACCUAUCACGAUGAUCAUGACAGAGCCCGUGCUCGAUCUGAUGUGUAUGUACAUCGUCCUCAUUUACGCCAUGCUCUAUGCCUUCUUUUUCGCCUAUCCCGUCAUAUUCGGUAGACUCUACGGCUACAACGAUGGCCAGAUCGGUCUUAUGUUUAUUCCCAUCCUCAUUGGUUCAUUCUUCGCUUUGGUCACUACGCCACUCAUUGAGAAGCAGUUCAAAAGGGUAUGCGAGGUUCGGGAACCUACUGCAGAGGAUCGGCUUAUUGGCGCCCUUAUUGGCGCCCCUUUUAUUCCAAUAUCGCUCUUCAUUCUCGGCGCUACGUCUUUCAAGCACAUCAUCUGGGUUGGGCCUGCAUCGUCGGGAAUCGCGUUCGGAUAUGGGAUGGUGUUGUGCUACUACGCUGUGAACAACUAUAUCAUCGAUUCGUACCAGGAUUACGCUGCCUCGGCUCUAGCAGCUAAGGUCUUCCUGCGAUCCGGUGGUGGAGCUGCCUUUCCUCUCUUCACCACGCAAAUGUACAACCGGCUGGGGUUGCAGUGGGCUUCCUGGCUUCUUGCAUUUCUUGGUGUGGGAAUGGUUUUCAUCCCAUAUGGAUUCUACGUCUUUGGCGUGAAGCUUCGUGCUAAGCUGAACCGACACUAAAAGCGACGACGUAGGUAAAUUCGUGAUUGAUCUAUCGAAGGUCGUAACUUUGCAUAUGUGAGACAAGUAUGCACUUGUUACAUGUUCGCUCCAUGCCGCCAUUUUACCUUAUAGGCAGAAGGGGACAGCACUACAUUUUUGGUCUAUAUAGUCGAAUAACGACGAUUUACUUUUAGCGAGGUCA